AUGGGCCUGCUUCUCGCGCCGUACAACAAUGCCAUGCGCCUUGGCCAGGGCUUCAACUCGUACACGCACGAGAUCUGCAUCGACGACGCCGUCGUCGUCAGCCCGCAGCAGCCGGAAAACGUGCUGACAAACGACGGCAACACGAUGCGGCUCGCAGCCACGGUGCUGGGCCGGUCGAGCGCGUGGACAAAGCAGGACGAGGUGCUGCUGGACAUGGGCCGCCUCGCCGUGGCCAAGCAGGACCGAGACAACAAGGAGCGCGCCGCCGACACGGUCCGUGCCCGGGACGAGGCCGCCGAGGCCAGGAAGCAGAGGGAGGAGGCGAAAGAGGAGAAGGAAAAGGAAAAGGAAAAGAAAAGGGAGACCAAGGCAGAGGCGACGGGCCAGCGGGAAGCGACAAGCGAGGGUGUCGUCGAACACGACGACGAGAACGAGGACGGGGACGAGGACGGGGACGAGGACGAGGCUGACGGAGAGCAGGCGGCGAUCAAGCCGAAACCGGGCGGAAGCGUCGCAAAGGCCAUCGCCGAGGCCGAGGCACAGCAGGUCAAGAGCCACGAGGCGCUGGUCAAGGAGCAGGAGGCGCUGCGGAGCAAGCGGGCCGAGCUGGACAAGGCACGGGCGCGACGGGUGCGCAACCCGGCCAUGGACGCGGCGGCGGGCAAGUACAAGAGCGCGCUGAGCCUGGCCGAGAUGGCCGAGAUGCACAAAAAGGUGAUCCUCGAGGCCGAGCGGACGCGGCGCAAGACGACGGCGCCGGGCAUGAGCAAGCAGGGAAGCAAGACGAUGGUGUUUGACAUCAAGAACUCGAGCGGUGUCAGCCAGACGGUCAUCUACCGCGCCGAGUUCAUCGACAAGCUGAGCGAGAUCACCAACGACCUCGGCAUCAGUGCCGCCCUUUCGAUCCAGAAGGGCUGCAUCGGCGGCUCGGGCAAGGGCUCGUUUAUCGACACGGACAAGUUCAAGUCGUCAGACUUGAAUUACUACAUCAGCGUCAAGGUCAUCAACCAGUCGAUCAACUUCCGCGACUGUCUGGAGUACAACCCGCUGCCCAACAUCGACGCUGGCGGGUUUAGAAAGGUGUUUGGCGACAGUUUUAUCUCUGGCUUCCUCGAGGGCGGCGAGCUGAGUGCCUUGGUGACGAUGAAGGUGCUCAACAAGAGCAAGUCGACCGACAUCAAGGUCGAGGGCGCCAUCACGUAUGCCAACACGAGCUUCGACGUGUCGGGCGAGGUGGCGUACCAGAGCGCCAAGGCCAACCUGGAGCUAAACACCGAGACGACGAUCCAGGUCAGCUGGCAGGGCGGCGGCGUCAUCAAGCCGCCCAACGAGCCGUGGACGAUUGAGUCGCUGACGCGGGCCGCCGCACGGUUCCCCGACCAUGUGGCCGAGUCGCCCCAGCGCACGUAUGCGAUCCUGACAAAGUACGAGAACCUGCGGAGUUUCCAGGCGCUCAAGCCGCCGAAGCUGACGCCGAUUGCGUACGAGAAUGCGUCGCUGUACACCAACGAGCUGCUGGAUGUGUUUAUGACGUACAAGUCCAUCUACACGCGCCUCACGGUGCUGAUUGCCGAUGUGCAGAGCAACACGCUCAAGUUCACCAAGGCCGAGCUGGUGGGUGCGGCCAAGGAGCUGUCGAGCCAGAUCACGAUGCUCGAGAAGCAGGCGAGCGAGGGCGAUGCCGACGCAGCGCGCGUGCUCACGCUAGCGCGCUGGGAGGAGCUCGACGACGUGGAAAAGCAGCAGCGCAUCGGCCUGUUCCCCAGCUCCCUCGACGGCCUCGACGAUGCGCGGCGUGCGGUGCGCGUGCAGAUGAACAUGGUCAUCAACCGCGUCGACGAGGUGACUGCCAAGCCGAAUCUGGUCAUUGACCAGCCGCGGGAGGCCUUCCUGGCGCCGUUUGCCUUUGAGGUGCUGCUGCCCAGCGUCGAGCCGGCGCAGCGCAGCACCAAGCGCGGGACCCCACUCACGGGCGAGCGCAUGUUCAUCAGCUCGGCCGAGGCGUCCGAGGAGCAGCAAAGGGCCAAGCAGGACGGCGCGCAAAAGCAGGCGAGCGGCGGCAACGUGUACGGCGACAUGACCGAGGCAAGCCGGCUGUGCUACAUCAAGCCAGAAGAGAAGAACAAGGGCGGCGGCGGCGGCGACUACCAGCUGCGCCUGUUUGCCGACGAGGCGACGAGCAUCGACAAGUUCCUCGCCUCGCGCGACCCGGGCAUCGAGGACACGCUCCGGCUCACGCCCCUCAUCGGCAACCAGGACACGGUGCCGUGCCCCGGCGACCUGUUUAGCGCCCUCGACUUUGUCCGGCCUGAUUUCCUGCUCAGCCAGGUCACCGUCACGAUGCACGAGGGCGUCAUGGCCGGCCUCGUGUGCCGCUACGCCAACGGGCUCGCGUGGCGGCGCGGUCUCGUGGAUGCAGCGGGCAGCAAGGAGGAGGAGGACAAUGCGGUGAUCAAGCUGGCCAGGGGCGAGCGCGUGACGUCGGUCGUGCUCACGCUGGGCACCGAGGCCGUCGAGCGCGGCCGCGAGGCGAUCCUGUCGAUGAAGCUGUGCACCAACCACGGCAAUUCGGACGUGGCCCAGUCGGCGUCGACGCGGCGUGCUGGCUUUGGCCGUCGCAUCGUCGCCGGCCGCGCGUUUGAAAAGGUGCGCACCAUCACGUUUGAGUCGCCGCUGGAGCGCGGCUACGUGAUUGGCUUCUGGGGCCGCAGCACGCAGAGCAGCGACGACGAGCGCGCCGUGUUCCGCCUCGGCAUGGUAUGGGCCAACGAGCAGCCGAGCGAUGCGCGACGACCGGCCAACAAGGCGGUCGAGGAGGCCCAGGCCAAGGACGCGCUGGCCGAGCGGCGCCUCGAGGAGGCCCAGGUGCUGCGCAAGCGUCUCACCGAGCUCGAGGCACGCAGCAGGGCGGCAGCUCAGGCGGCCGAGGCCGAGCACCAGCGGCUGCAGCAGGAGAUCACGUCUGCGCAGGAGCUCCUCGCGCUGGCCAAGAAGGCGCGCGAGGACGAGGCCGACAGCGCGGCGCGCGUGCUGCUGGCCAAGAAGGAGGCAGCCAGGGGCCAGCUGGCCGCGGCCGAGGCGCAACGGCUGGCCGAGUCCACCGCGGCCGCACAGCUGCUCGCCAGCGAGAGGCAGGACGCCGCCGCCAAGCUCGCGCAGGCCGAGGAGCAGCGCAAGACCGGCGUGGCCAGCCUCGAGGACGGUGCACGUGCGCAGCUGGCCAGCCUGACGAGCACCAAGGACGGCCAGAUCGCCACGGUGCAGGCGAGCCUGGAUGCCGUGACGCGGGCCAAGGAGCAGGCCGAGCGGGAGCUGAGCAGUAGCCAGAGCAGAGCAGGCGAGCUCAAGCGUCUGCUGGAUGCGCGCAGCCUCAUCAACAGGAGCCCCGUGCGGCUGCACUACAGCGACGGAAAGGUCAUCGACCACCACGAGGGACGCAAGAGGCCCAUCAUCCACGACUCGCACGGGGGCAACAACCAGAAGUGGUACUUUGACCAGAGCGCCGAGGAUGCCUUCCGGAUCCGGUGCGCCCAGCCGGCCGAUGGCCGGUGGUGGUACAUUGGCCUUGGCGGGCACAAGGGCGGCGACCAGUAUGAGCUGUGGAUGAACAACGACGGCGACGAAUGGGUCAUCAGCGCUGUGGGCGAUGGCCGGUUCGAGCUCCAGCUGAGGAGGGACCGCCAGAUCACAGUCGAUCUGCUCGGUGACAACCCCAGUAACGGCAACGACAUCAUCGGCUGGCGGGGCGGCAAGAACCGCGCGGACCAGUGGCUGGCACAGGGCGUGUGA